UUAACAUUAUCUCUUCCAUGUUCCUUGGGCUCCUGGACAUUUCAUUCAGACCUCCAAACUAGAAGACGAGGGUGCCCGUAUCAUUCGGGAAGACGAAAAAAAGAAAAAGGAAAAUUCUGAGUUAAAUACAGAAUAAAACACAGCAGAGAUUUUCGAUCGAGAAGAGGAGCAGAGAUGGCGAGCAGGACUGCGUUACGUUUCGUCUUAUUGGCAGAGCCCUGGCAACCCGUUUGUCUCAAUCAGACCUUCGUUCGGGCUUCAUUGAGGACCGGCGGGUCUUUCUCUUUUACGCCCAGGCUGAGCGGCAAAUCCCGGGACCCCAAGGCCCGAGGUUUUCACGCGGCCAAACGAACUCAACUCGAUUGCUCCCACAACGAAACCCCGUCUUCCUCUCAGGACGACCAGGGCCCGCCUCAAGAAGCUGUACUCAAAGCUAUUUCGGAGGUCUCUAAGACGGAAGGGAGAGUUGGACAAACCACAAAUGUGGUGAUUGGUGGCACCGUAGCAGACGAUUCAACCAAUGAAUGGCUCGCUUUGGAUCAGAAGGUGAACUCAUACCCAACAGUAAGAGGGUUCACGGCGAUUGGAACUGGUGGUGAUGAUUUUGUGCAAGCCAUGGUUGUCGCUGUUGAAUCUGUUAUUCAACAACCAAUCCCCGAGGGUCAUGUCAGGCAGAAAGUGUCAUCGAGAGGCAAAUAUGUAUCUGUGAACAUUGGACCCAUUCAAGUCAUUUCUAGUGAGCAGGUCCAAGCCGUAUACAAUGCCAUGAGGAGAGAUGAACGUAUGAAGUACUUUUUGUAGCAUGAAUUUUGUGUAGAUUGGCCGAUCAUCUAUAGCUGUAUGAUUGCCCCUUACCAUCAACUUCACUUUCUUUUGUUCUCAUUCCAUGUUAGCCCGGUAUGUUCUAACCCAUGAUAUCUCUGUAGGCAACAACUGGUGGGUAAAAAAUUAAUCUAGUGCAUAAGUUCAAGAUUUCUUUGUAAUUUUGAUCUUCCAUAUUAGAAAGAUAACAUGUGUCUCAAGCUCGGGAAAGAGUUUGUUGCUCUCUGCUUUUAGGCGUAAGAAGCUCUAGGUGCGCGAAGAUUGGCAAGAGUUGUUUGGGUGGCUUUGGAGGAGAAUGAGAUAUUAGAUCUGUUUAAUUCUUCUUCUGCUCAUUCCAUUUGAACAAAACCCCAAAUAUGUAAUUAUGUGUAGUCAUUGUUGCUGGUCUAAAUUUUGACACUUCUUGGCCUCAACAGAGCAAUAAAACAAUGCCAUGUCUUGCCUUUA